AUGGCUGAGUUUUUACGCCUAAAAAUUCGCGGAAUUCGCAGUGUUGGCGAUGACGAGAGCAAUGCACAUUAUAUUGAAUUCUUAAAGCCUUGCACAUUAAUUGCGGGACCGAAUGGGACUGGAAAAACUACAAUUAUUGAGGCUAUGAAUUAUAUAACGACUGGUGUAUUACCGCUUGGAAAUUAUUCGACAUUUGUGCAGAGUAUUGAGAUGGCUCAAAAAACGCGUGUCGAUGCAAGCAUCACUCUGGAAUUUCUAGAUGUGAAAAGAAGAAAAUGUACUGCUGUUCGGAGGAUGACCGCGUCAUUAAAAAAUAGUAAAUCUACUUAUGGAAAAGAUGAGUUCACUCUCAGUAUUAAGCACCCAGAUGGCACUGAACGAUCAAUUUCGAGUAAAGCCGUCGAUUUUGACAGAGUGAUGCUUAAUCAUCUUGGUGUUCCAAAAGCAAUUUUGAAUUAUGUCAUUUUCUGUCAUCAAGAGGAAUCGACAUGGCCUUUAAGUGAACCAAAGGAACUCAAAAAGAAAUUUGAUGAAAUUUUUGAGUUAACAAAAUUUGUAACUGCUCAAGAUCAUAUGAGAAAAAUGGUUACUGGAUAUAAAAAAGACAAGUUGGUGAUUCUGGAACGUCGUCGUCGAUGUGAAGAUAUGAUAAAAAUAAAAUAUGAAGCGAAAAAGGUUUUUGAUGAAUGUACGGAAAAGAAAAACGAAAUGCGCGCGAAGUUGGAUGAAAUGACACAAAUGCAGACUCAGCUGAUUAAUGAAAAAGCUCAGUUGGAGAAGCAAAUAAGUCAUAUUGAGAAAACACUAAAACAGUAUGAACAAAAGGAGUUUGAACUGAAAACUGCAGCUUCAAACCUUCAAGUUUUGCGUGUUCCGUCAUAUCAUGGAGCAGAAGAACAACUGAGAAAUGAGAUUCAAGAGAUUGAGAAUGAUGGACAAGUUCGCAGUAUUGAAGCUGAGCGGCAGAAUUGUAAAGUUGAAAUCGAUAGAAUUGUUCAAAAUCUGCACAGGAUCACCAAUGAGAAACGGAAACUAGAGGAUCUAAUUUCACAAAUGAUGGCUGACGCAAAACACCGUGAUUCAAUUGUCGAGGAAAUCAAUAAAAUGGAGGAGCAACUUCGUUCUGAGCUCAACAUCAAUUCAGAUACAUUAUUCAUUGAGGCUCUUCAAUUAGCAAUUGAUGAGAAACAAUUGCAGUUGGCUGAGAUUCUGGAAAGUUAA